CACACACACACACAAACUUCUCUCUCUCUCUCUCUCUCUCUCUCUCUUCUCACAGCCAUAAACAACAUAUUCCCAGAAUCUUCUCUCUCUCUCUAGCUCCCAAUCCAAAGGGUGGGAGCUCUUUCUACCACCACUAGUGUACUCAUAAAGUGUAGAGAGAGAAAGAGACACGAUUCUUGAUUCUUCUGGUUGACCUAAAUAGUGAAGAAGAAAGAAAAAAAAAAAAAGGAAAUGUGUGUUAAAGAUGCAGAGCAAGUGAGUGAAGGAUUAAUGGAGGAAAAGGGUCUGCCCAGCAAUAAUAAUGAUUUGCUUUCUCAAGUUGAUUUCUCCAAUAAUACCCACAACCCCAAUUCCUUCCCUCUGGAAAGCAUUUGUGAAAACUCGACCAUUUCAGACAGAAAACAGAUGAUAUCGAAUAAUAAUUUCGUCCCGACACUUAGGUCUGGAGAGUGGUCGGACAUAGGAGGGCGGUUACAUAUGGAGGACACACAUGUUUGCAUUCCCGAUUUGGCGAUGAAUUUCGGUUCAACUGUAUGUGGUGACGAAGCUAUAUCCUUCUAUGGGGUGUUCGAUGGACAUGGUGGAAAGGGUGCAGCCCAAUUUGUACGUGACCACUUGCCAAGAAUUAUUGUCGAGGAUGCCGAUUUCCCGUUGGAGCUUGAGAAAGUGAUCACACGAUCUUUCGUGGAAGCCGAUACCGCCUUUGCCAAAUCUUGCUUCAUCGAAUCUACACUGUCGUCUGGCACAACUGCACUCACCGCAAUGAUAUUUGGCAGAUCGUUGCUCGUUGCAAAUGCCGGAGAUUGUAGAGCGGUUUUAUCUCGAUGCGGGGUUGCAAUCGAGAUGUCAAAAGACCAUAGGCCUUGUUGUGCAAACGAACGGUCGAGGGUCGAGUCACUAGGUGGAUUUGUGGACGACGGUUAUUUGAACGGCCAAUUGGGAGUGACGCGAGCUUUAGGCGAUUGGCACAUUAAAGGGCUAAAGGAGUGGGAAAAAGGCGGACCGUUGAGUGCCGAACCGGAGCUCAAAUUAACGACGCUUACGAACGAGGACGAAUUCUUGAUAAUCGGUAGUGACGGAAUAUGGGAUGUUUUUAGGAGCCAAAACGCGGUGGAUUUCGCUAGGAGGAGACUACAAGAGCACAAUAGUGUCAAGUUGUGUUGCAAGGAUAUCGUGAAUGAGGCGAAAAAACGAGGGGCGAUGGAUAAUUUGACAGUGGUGAUGGUGUGCUUUCACACCGAGCCGCCAGCUCCGAUGGUGGUGCAGAGGUCUAGUAGGGUUAGGCGGUGCAUUUCUGCGGAAGGGCUUCAAAGCCUGAAGUUUCUGCUCCAGGGCUAGAAGCCCUUACGCUGGAAGAUAGAUGCUACACCUGGUGAAAUACACAUUGGGUGGUGAAGAUUAUUUACGCUUAUUCCGCGCGCUCGCACACACACUUCAUCCGGUGUAGUAUCUAAAAUAUGUGAGUUGCAAUUCAUUUUUGUGCCAAAAUUGGUGCCUCGUGAUCGUUGUUUCUUCUUACGGUCACAUACAUGUGUGGAGAUGAUAAAUAAUUUGAUGUUGUCAAGAACGUGUAAAUAUGCCGAUUGGUAUACGCAAUUCUUCCAUUUGGUUUGUCAAAUGGACAUGGAAUAAAGCACGAGGACAAUAUACUACGUUGUCGAAGGAUAUAGGAACAUGUGUACAUUGUAAACACAAAUGUAAUAAAUUGUAGCCAUUUUUUCUGAUGAACAUGUUUGUAUACAUAUCUGCAUACAAACGUAUCGGGUGAUUAUAGC